AUGACUGAUCAUGUAAUUGUCAAUAAAAUUAAAUCAUUAUAUAAAGAAUCAGAAUUAUUGAAUUAUAAUGAAAAUACUUCUGAUUUUACGCAGAAACAAGACUAUUCUUCUGCUUCCAGCGAAAUGGCAGUUAU